AUUACGACGGUGUAUCAGUAACGCAUCUUUUUGAGUUUGGAGCAGCUAAGGCAACAUUGUCGCUCCGAUAGUCGAACAAUACGGAUCGAUUCUGUUUCUCGUGAACGCCUGUUGAAGUCAAGCUCCUGUCCAACAAUCAUCACGUUAUUCGACAGACGGAAUGGUGUUAAUUAUUCAUUAACAGAUUCGGCAAUUGUUGCCGGGGUCUAGAUCGCGUGGUACUACGGUGCGCGAGAUUAAUUUCGGGAGAUUGUCAGCCUAAAUGUGUAUUUACCUCCGUCCAUGUGUGUUUACACGUUUUACAACGUAUCGUGCAAGUGUUGUCUGACAAGGUAACACGAAAAGUGACGCCGAUGAGAUCGGGCAUUUUGUGUCCGUGAGGCAGCGCGAUCAGACGAAAAGUUCAUUUCGUCAUGGAGCAUCGUAGAUUAUGUUGCAUCAGUGUGUCGUUCGCGGCGAGGAUAAUCGGAGCAUAUACGAUGUCCACUUCGAUUUUAUUAAUAAACGUGUUAGUGAGCAACUUUUUCUCAAGAAACGGGGACGAUGAUUUUUUCGAAUCCAUCAAGACUUGGACUAUUCUGGGAGUGAAUUGGUUGCAGGCAUUGAGAUACACGCACUUGCAAAAAAAAGCACAAGCUGCUUUGGUAUGUUUCCUUGUAUAUGCUAUCUCGUUUCUAUUGGCGAGUGCAUACCUCGCUUUGGGAUCAAUAUCGAAGAGACACACGAGCGCCGUGCCUUGGAUGUAUUUGCAAAUGAUUAACGUGAUAGAUCAGACCGCGGCGCUAGCUAAUUGUAUAAUAUAUGAGCGACAGAGUACCUUAUAUUUGUGGUACACUACUGUUUGCAGCAUCUAUUUGAUAAUGAGCAUAUAUUUUUGGAUGGUCGUGGAAGCUGCUCGAAAUCAAUGGUACGACGAGCAAAACCAAACUGCGAAUAACGAAUCGAGCAUGCUGGAGUUCGAAACAACGUCCACGACCAGUCUAAAGUCACCGUCCUUCCUCUCACAAAAUUUUUCGAUGUUUGAAUCAUCGCGUCCGCCGAUGAUUUUACCCAAGUAGCAGGAAAUCCAUAAAGAACCGUGGACAAAUCUAAGACGAUAAACUGUCGCCUGAGGCGAGUCGUUGCCAGAAUUUACAAGAUUGAGGGGGAUAUUUACAGAACAAUAUGAGAGGAAGACUGAAGUUUCUUUCUUAAUACUCUAAACGUUAUUUGCCAUCAUAACUUAAGACUCGUGUACUACGUGUAGUAUAUUUAUUUACUAAAUAUGAACUAACUCAUUUUGUAAUAUAAAUAUCUACUCAUAAACAUUUUGUUACGUUUAAGCCUAAGUGUAAUAUUUGAAUAUAUAUAUGUAUACGCAUAUAUAACAUCUAUACGUUGCUCGGUUAUUGACUUUUUGAAUCUGUUAAUUAUAAACAUUUCUCAUGUUUAAACUGCGCGAUGAAAAUUUCUCUAUAAAACAAGAUUCACAAAAGAUUAUAUUUUUUAAUUAAUUUAAUUGGUACAAAUUUAAUUUGACAGCUUAUUAUUGUCUAACGUAUUUAAUCUUAUUAUUAGAGCGCGAAAAUGUAAUAAAACAAGAUUUUGGUCAAAACACAGUAAAUGAAAUUAAAUUUAAGUUUAAUCAAAUGCUUGAAACAAUAUAAAUUUUAAAUAAAAAAUGCGGAAAUUUUUAUUUAAAAAAAUAUUUGAUUGUUCGAGAUUAUUGAGCCUAAUGUAUUCAUUCGUAUGCUAUUACGGUAUUUCUGAGAAUUUAGAUGUUAAGCAGAAAUCCAUUGAUCUUCCUUGCCUAAUGGAAUAUACGCGAGUCACUAAACUUCGCUGCGGUAAAUCCCGGUUUCGAAACGGGGAAAAUGCAUAAUAAUGCGGAGAGUAACUUCAUAAAUCAGUCGGGAGAUGCGACUAAUAGAGUGUAUCAAAUGCGCCCCCGGCGAAGCGUGCUUGCAUAGAAAAUAUGAGAAAUGGCCGCGUUUUACGUCGAAAUACUUUUAAACUUCAUGGAUUUGAAUCGCACGCGAGCAUAUUCGCUAUACAGGAUCGACCGUCUCUUCGGAUAGAGGUCGAUUUGUCUGAGAAUGGGCACAACUUUUCGCAAUACUCUUGAGAAUGGUGAUCAAGUGUACAAUAGAUGAUAGAGAAAAGCUCUCGACACGAUUUAUUGGAGAUGUUUGGUCAUAUCGAUUUCACAUAACGUAUCUAUGUUUGCAAGGAGGUAUACUCUAAUAAUAGCAUGUACGAUAUCUAUAUGUUAUAAUGCGUAUAUACUAGGGAAUAGAGCAAUUUAUUAUUUUAUCAAAUAUAAUAGCAAUUGUAUUUGAUAAAAUAAAUGUUAUUUCAAAAAUAAAUAAAAAUUAUAAUUGCUCUUUUCAUCUUCAGAAACAGGCAUAUGUUUAGUUAAAUCUUGAUAAAUUUUAACUGUACAUUUAAAUGUAUAAGUGAGGAAUGGUUUUUUAUCAGCAUCUAUAAUUACAUUUAGUCAUA